AUGGAUGUUAUGAAGGAAAAGUGGAGGAAAAAUCUGAUUGUGAAGACAUGGGAGCGGUGCAAAUCGUUUGGUGGAGGCAACAAGAAGAAGCAAUAUUACUAUGAUGAUAAUAUUAACUCAUUGACAAAGAGCAGAUCGUGGAGCUAUGAUCACACCAAGCCAUCUGAUAAGGAAGAAAGGCAACAAAAAAAGAAGUGCAAAGUGGCUCCUGAUGGCUGUUUCUCAGUGUAUGUUGGACCCCAAAAGCAAAGGUUUGUGGUCAAGACUGAGUUUGCUAACCAUCCAUUGUUCAAGAUGCUGCUAGAAGAUGCUGAAUUGGAAUAUGGGUACAAUAGUCAAGGCCCUAUUUUGCUUCCUUGUGAAGUGGAUCUGUUCUAUAAAGUGUUGGCAGAGAUGGACUGUGGAGAGGAGGUUAGGCUUGGUUGUAACUUUGCUAAAGGUUAUAGUCCAUUAAUACUUCGAAGUCCAGCUCGGCGUUCGAUUUCUGGUGAUUACAACGGCUGUGGUGGGGGAUAUAGGCUUCUAAGCCCUUCGAGAAUGCUUAAGAUGAAUCAAUUGUAACUAUGUACAGGUAGGGUUGUGCACACAUAUAGUCUGUAUUUAAUUACUAUUUUGGUUAAGGUGUGCAAAUCAUAAGGUUAUAUGGAGCAUAUAUAAGUUUCUAAGUCCUACACAAUUGCUUAAGAUGAAGCAAUUUUAGCCUAGUAUAGAAGUGUCUUUCUGCAUAUGCAGUUCUUUGAUGUGCAAAAGGUUGUGGUACA